GGAGAGCGAAGCGCUGCACCAGCCGGGAAGAGCUCAGCUGGAGAAGAAAUCAACCGGGGGUCCUCUCCCUCUGGUGGGGGCAGCCGGAGUCCUUCCCCACGAAGCCACUGGCGGAUGGAGGGUGUGUAGCAAUGAGAAGAUGGAAGCUGGGGAGUAGUUAAAACUCAGAAGGAAAGAUGGACUCCGGUGUCUGCCUUACCUAAAGUCUUCCACCCGAAAAUAUUUUCAGUUACCAAGUGACGGCCAAGAAGAAAUGUAUGCAUAGAGACCGCCAUGGAAGGAGCCAACAGCCCCGAUCUGCAGCUCCAGCAGCUUCCACCCACAAGCACGACUGUCUUGGUCAAUGAAAUGUCUUUCUCUUACAAGGAAAACUUGAUCGGCGCGCUGCUGGCUAUUUUUGGACAUCUUGUCGUCAGCAUAGCCCUCAAUCUCCAGAAAUACAGCCACAUCCGGCUGGCGGGCUCCAAGGACCCCCGGGCCUACUUCAAGACCAAGACGUGGUGGCUUGGCCUGUUCCUGAUGCUUCUGGGAGAACUAGGAGUGUUCUCGUCCUACGCCUUCGCGCCGCUCUCCCUGAUUGUGCCCCUCAGCGCCGUGUCUGUCAUUGCCAGUGCCAUAAUAGGAAUCAUAUUCAUCAAAGAAAAAUGGAAACCCAAAGAUUUUCUGAGGCGUUAUGUUUUGUCUUUUGUAGGUUGUGGUUUGGCCAUCAUAGGCACUUAUUUGCUGGUCACAUUUGGACCCAACAGUCAUGAAAAGAUGACAGGAGAAAACAUCACUAAACACUUAGUGAGCUGGCCAUUUCUUUUAUAUAUGCUCGUGGAGAUCAUUGUGUUCUGCUUACUGCUGUAUUUCUACAAGGAGAAAAACGUCAACUACAUAGUCGUGAUCCUCCUCCUGGUUGCUCUUCUUGGUUCCAUGACAGUGGUGACUGUCAAGGCUGUGGCAGGAAUGCUCAUCUUAUCCAUUCAAGGGAACCUCCAGCUUGACUACCCCAUCUUCUACGUGAUGCUGGUGUGCAUGGUCGCCACGGCUGUCUAUCAAGCCGCCUUCUUAAACCAGGCCACCCAGCUCUAUGACUCCUCCUUGAUCGCCAGCGUAGGCUACAUUCUGUCCACAACCGUCGCAAUCACGGCAGGAGCAACAUUUUACUUGGAUUUCAUGGGUGAGGAUGCUCUCCACAUUUGUAUGUUUGCACUCGGCUGUCUGGUUGCCUUCUUGGGAGUUUUCCUGAUCACGAGGAACAGAAAGAAGGCCAUUCCAUUUGAACCCUACAUUUCCAUGGACGCCAUGCCAGCUAAGAUCCAGAUAGGUGAGGAGGUAUGCAGAAUCUACACGACAAAGGAAUGACCGUCCAGCCCGACCUCAAAGCUUCCUUUUCCUAUGGCGCCCUGGAGAACAAUGACAACAUCUCUGAGAUCUACACUCCUGCCACACUGCCCGUCAUGCAAGAGGAACAUGGCUCUGGAGCUAUCUCUGCUCCUCCCUACCGAGUCCUGGAGCAUACAAAGAGGGAAUGAGUAAGGCCUGGAAAGAAACAGAAAUCCAGCCCUGGGCCGGGGAGGGGUUUGUUUAUUACCUGAGUUUUCUGGUCUUUUGUAGUUGAGCUGACCAUGGCUUAAAACUCUGGGCUUAAACUCACUUUUCCAGGUUUUUUUGUUUUUGUUUUUCAACUAGAGAACUCAGCAGAGCCGAGAACUCAGAAGUCAUUUGUCUUAAACCAACAGCAAAUUGUAUUGGUCUUCUAUGUUUGAACUGUUGCAUAGAAAAAGGCAAAAACAAAACAAAACAAACUAAACACAGUAUUUUGGGUAUGCAAUAAGAAGCACACAUCAGCUGUGUGUUGUUUUUUUUCUUCAAGGAUCUCUCAUCUUACAUGAUGGUUACCCAUCUGCCUAAAUAAAUGAUGAAAGAUUA